AUGGAGGCAAUGCUCCAGCAGUCUCGUGCUAUGUGCCCUUUUCUCAAGCGCACUGCUCCUUCAACGCUGAGGACUCUUUCCACCGCUACCCGCCCCAGCGCUGGCGGAGGCACUAUGUCCAACCUCCAGGUUCUGGCUCGCAGAUGUCCUGUUAUGAGCAAGGCGUUGGCUGUUCAGAGUGCUCGCAUUAAUGGCGCUGGCACUAAGCGGUUUACUUCGUCUGCUGCUGGUGUUAGCACUGUUAGGGCUUUCCGCCCCCCGGCCCCAGGUGACAAGCGUAUGUUGCAUACUACCGAUGGUCAUCCUGCUAGUCUUGCUCCGGGCUCUUAUCAGAAGAAUGAGCAGGUGCACCCCCAUCUUGCUCGUCCGCUUCGCCCAUCCCCCGCUGCUGAAGCCGCUGUUCAUGCGCAAACACCGGACGCUACGGUCCCAACCACCCGAUUCAACUAUAAUGCCUUCUAUGAUGGUGAAUUGGAGAAGAAGCACAAGGACAAGUCGUACCGCUACUUCAACAACAUCAAUCGUCUUGCGAGGGAGUUUCCCCGUGCGCAUACCGCUUCUGCCGAGGAGCGCGUGACGGUCUGGUGUUCGAACGAUUACCUUGGUAUGGGUCGGAAUCGCCAUGUGCUUGAGUCUAUGCACAAGACCCUUGAUACCUAUGGUGCUGGUGCUGGAGGUACCCGUAAUAUCUCGGGACAUAACCAGCACGCCGUGCAGUUGGAGGAUACCCUUGCCAAAUUGCAUGGGAAGGAAGCUGCACUCGUCUUUAGCUCGUGCUUCGUUGCUAAUGAUGCAACUCUUGCAACUCUCGGUAGCAAGCUGCCUGAUUGUGUGAUUUUGUCUGAUAGUUUGAAUCACGCUUCUAUGAUUCAGGGUAUUCGACACUCUAAUGCGAAGAAGAUGGUCUUCAAGCAUAAUGACCUUGAAGAUUUGGAGACGAAGCUUGCUUCGUUGCCUCUUCACGUGCCGAAGAUCAUUGCUUUCGAGUCAGUGUACAGUAUGUGUGGAUCUAUUGCACCUAUAGAGAAGAUCUGUGAUUUGGCCGAGAAAUACGGCGCUAUCACCUUUCUCGAUGAAGUCCAUGCUGUCGGCAUGUAUGGUCCCCGCGGUGCUGGAGUCGCAGAGCACCUAGACUACGACGUGUACGCUUCUCUGGACUCCGCAUCUCCAAAGUCCACCAAGGGAACCGUCAUGGACCGUAUCGACAUCAUCACCGGAACCCUGGGUAAAGCCUACGGCUGUGUAGGCGGAUACAUCGCCGCCUCCGCAAACAUGGUGGAUACCAUUCGUUCCCUAGCCCCAGGGUUCAUCUUCACGACCUCCCUUCCACCAGCUACAAUGGCCGGAGCCGACACCGCAAUCCAGUACCAGGCGCAACAGCCCCGCGACCGUGUUCUCCAGCAACUGCACACCCGUGCCGUUAAGUCUUCGCUGAAAGAGCUAGAUAUCCCCGUUAUUCCUAAUCCCUCGCACAUUGUGCCACUACUCGUUGGUGAUGCCGAAGUCGCCAAGAAGGCGUCUGACAAGCUGCUUGAGGAACACGGUAUCUAUGUGCAGGCUAUUAAUUAUCCCACUGUUCCACGGGGUGAAGAGCGUCUUCGCAUUACUCCUACACCGGGACAUACUAAAGAGCUUCGCGAGCACCUCGUUCAGGCUGUGCAGGCUGUUUGGAACGAUUUGGGUAUCAAACGUGCUAGUGAUUGGAAAAGUUUGGGUGGAUUCGUUGGCGUCGGAGUUGAGGGUGCCGAGGACGCUAAUCUACCUAUUUGGGAAGAUAGCCAGCUUGGUCUUACUGCUGCCGAGCCACUUGAGGGUGCUAUUGCUCGUGAACUUGAGGCGGAGUUCGUCGCUGAGCAGGUCAAGCCUGCCACUGCUACUACCACCCCGCAGAUGAUGACCGGUGGUACCCCUCGCAGCGCCCGUGGCUACUCCACCCUCGCUUCAGCUGUUGGCGUUGUCGCUUAG